ACACGGAGUUGAGUAGAGAACGGCCGUCAUAGCCACUGGAGCUUCUCAGGGACUAUCAACAGGGAGCGAAGCCGACGACGGAGCGUAGAGCUGAGGGUAUGAGAGCUGCCAGAAUCCGCUCCCAUCCUCCUCUGGGCGGUCUUGUGUCCGACUGACAACCAUCGGAUCAGAACCUCCACUUCACCAGCUGUCGGACGAACCUGAUAUCGGUGAUACCUUGCAACCAUGGAGCUGAGAGUGGGGAACAAAUACCGGCUGGGGCGAAAGAUAGGGAGUGGUUCCUUUGGAGAUAUUUAUCUUGGGGCCAACAUUGCCACUGGUGAGGAGGUAGCCAUCAAGCUGGAAUGUGUGAAGACCAAACACCCACAGCUGCACAUUGAAAGCAAGUUCUACAAGAUGAUGCAAGGUGGAGUUGGUAUUCCAUCAAUAAAGUGGUGCGGGGCAGAGGGAGACUAUAACGUCAUGGUCAUGGAGCUGCUAGGUCCCAGUCUGGAGGACCUUUUCAACUUCUGCUCUCGGAAGUUCAGUCUCAAGACCGUCCUGCUCUUGGCAGACCAAAUGAUUAGUCGCAUUGAGUACAUCCACUCCAAGAAUUUCAUCCAUCGAGAUGUGAAACCAGAUAACUUCCUAAUGGGACUCGGCAAGAAGGGAAACCUGGUGUACAUCAUCGACUUUGGCUUGGCCAAGAAGUACCGGGAUGCCCGCACACACCAGCACAUUCCUUACAGGGAGAACAAGAACCUGACUGGAACAGCUCGUUAUGCCUCCAUUAACACGCAUCUUGGAAUCGAGCAGUCCAGGCGUGACGACCUGGAGUCUCUCGGUUAUGUUCUCAUGUACUUCAACUUGGGGUCCCUCCCCUGGCAGGGCCUCAAGGCUGCAACCAAGAGACAGAAGUAUGAACGAAUCAGCGAGAAGAAAAUGUCCACACCCAUUGAAGUUCUUUGCAAAGGCUACCCUUCUGAGUUCUCCACAUACCUGAAUUUUUGCCGCUCACUUCGUUURGAUGACAAACCAGACUACUCCUACCUACGGCAACUUUUCAGGAAUCUGUUCCACCGACAGGGUUUCUCCUAUGAUUAUGUCUUUGACUGGAACAUGCUCAAAUUUGGUGCCAGUCGGACYGCCGAGGAUGGAGAUCGGGAGAGGAGAACAGGAGAUGAGCGGGAUGAACGGAUUGGAGGAGCCCCCAGGGGGUCUGCAUCGAGGGGCCUCCCUCCAGGUCCCACCCCUGGAGCUCCCAACAGAGUCAGGAAUGGGCCAGAGCAAGCCAUCUCUAACCCAGCCUCACGGGUCCAGCAGUCCGGUAACACAUCACCUCGUGCAAUUUCCCGUUCAGAGCGGGAGAGGAAGGUGAGCAUGCGUUUACACCGUGGUGCUCCGGCCAACGUGUCAUCCUCUGACCUCACAGCUCGUCAAGAUCAGUCAAGGAUUUCUACAUCACAGGUCAGCGUACCAUUUGAACAUGUGGGGAAGUGAAACUGUAUGGCUCUGCAUGAACCUAAAUUUGACAGGGCUGCAAGGAGUGUUCUCUGCUAUACUUAUUUUUACCCCCCAUUCUUUACACAUUCUUUGAGUCUGUUUGUUGAUGGAUAUACCAGUUUUUGCAACAAGACAAUAAAUCUUUUCAAGGAUUCAGGAAAAAUGAUAUCCAAUGUACAUUCUUACCUGGAUCGUCUUUGCCAGCCCUCGGAUCUCCACCACCAUGACACAGAUAGCAAAUGACAAUGCUGCACCUUGACAGUUGCUCAUUCCUGCCCUCAUUUUCCUGAAAACAUUCCCUUAAUAUUUUUGAAAAAUGUGAAGGACUGUUUGCAUCAGAGGAGCAAAAAAAAAAAAAGGUUUCAGGGACACGCAUGUUUUCUAAUCUAAAAUUGAUUCAGACUUAGUAAUCUCUGUUUUUUGUUUUAAAACCACAGACUCUUUACCAGUAAAUGUCUUUUUUUUUUCCCCCUCACAAAGACCUAUUGGAGUUUGAGAUUGUUUUAAUACCAGCUAAAUGGAAAAUGAGCAUCUGUAGUUGACGCUGGGUCAAGUAGAUGAGAAGAUGGCAACAAGAAAGACAAGUUUUAAAGGAUAAGGAAACAAUGUUUUAGCUGGUGAUUGCUUGCCCCUCGUUCGUUUUGUGGUGAUAUACUGUUAAAACGUAGCCAUCAAAACCUUCAGCACAUUUUACUUUGCUUGAUUUUUUUCCCUUGAAUUCAUUUUUUAUGUAAUUUUUAUUAUUUUUUGAGGGUAAAGUAUGAUAAUAGACAUUUGAAGGACACACCUAGAUCUUGAGAGAAGCUCCUCAGGAAAUUCUCAGCAGAGACCUCAGCUGCCCAUUUCAGUCAACAAACAAAAGAUGCAAUUUUUAAGAUAUUUCUUAUGGUUACCUUUUUUUAUUCUUUUGUUAUAAAGAGGGGGAGGGGGGCAGUCUCUGUUAGGAAAGACAUUUGGGAGGGUAGGGAUCUUUUUUUUUUUGCUUUUGUUUUUCCCUUUUGUUUACUCCACUGUAAAUAUUUUAUAUUAUUUCAAUGUAAAGCCAAACAUGGUUAUUUGUUGUAAAGGUGUAAAGUAGAAAAAUGCAUACUUAUGAAGAGAUUUGAAUCAGAUGUAAUAAACUUGGAGUCAGGUGAUUGUAGUGUCAGCUGGGUCAUUCAAAAAGUGUGUGCAUGAGACAAUGAUUACUUUCUGUUUGCUUAUAACUUUUAAAUAUGUUCUAUUUAUUUGAGACUUUUAUUUACCUCUCUGAAUUUGUAACUUUGAGUAGCAUUUUGCUUUUAUUUUUUCCUUCUUUUUAGGCCUUGUUUCACUCUGAUCAUACUCAAAUAUUUGGUACCUUAAGUAUUUUUUUUUCAGCAGGCAUUUAUUAUUGAGGAUCCGAUGUCACUUUCUGCAUUUAAACCUUAACGGUAUGAGUGUGUGUACAUAGCAGUGUGUGAUGUGUAAUCACCUUGUACAGGCUACCAUGACCCAGUGGCACUAUAACUGUAGCUUUUAGGGGAUGAAGUACAAGAGGAUGAGCCAAGGGGGAGUUUCACAUUGUGUAUUGUGUACGGAUAUCCUGUACAGUUCUUUAACACUAUUUACAGUAUUUGUGUAUAUUUUAUGAGGUAAUAAAAAAAAAGUUGCUCACGA